GAUCGCAACGUCGGGAGCCUCGCAGCAACCAGCACUACCGGCACAGCGCUGGACCAUGUCGCCGCACCCAAUUGCCACCACAGUCACGCCGUGGAUUUGCAGCAGCGCUCGCGAGGAUUCACGCACACCCAACAAGGUGGAGCUGCGCCUGCUUCCGUAAUGGCUUCGGCCGCGUGUAUCGCUAGCAAAGUCAUUCCCGUGUCGCAAAUUUCCUCUCUUAGUAACUCGAUUCAUUCGAAGUUGAAUCCUAAUUCGUCGAAGACAAGGUGCAUUGAUCCCAGACGGGGUUCUUGCCUCGAGGUUCGCUCCCUUUCGAAUGGUGCGAGAGAUGUGGAUUUUCCUGUGAAGAUUGGGGCGUUCUUGCGGGCUACGGGGUUCGCCACCGCGGAUGGGCCUUCCAAUCCCAAGCAUAGGACCUCCGAUGCUGCAGCCGAUGUGAAUCUUUGGCAGAAACAAGGAGGCCGGGUCUUUGCACUGUUGUUGGCAACAUUGCAAGCGGUGGCACCGAUUCCCGUCGAUGGACUUGUCGACGAAUGGUGCAUCAGUCCAGCGGAGGCAGUGCUUUACUCUCCGGAUACCAAGGUUCCUCGGUCAGCCGAGGUGGCUCUGCGGAGGGCAAUUCCGGCUGUCAAUGUUUCUAUGAAGAAAAUGCAGGAGUCUUUGGAGGACAUCUUCUACCUGCUCCGCAUCCCCCAGCGCAAACCGUAUGGUUCCAUGGACAGCGAUGUGAAGAAGGCGCUCAAAUUAGCCACGGAUGACAAGGAUGCCAUUCUAGCUGCUCUACCAGCUGACCAGAAAGAGAAAGGCACACAGCUCUACAAUGAUUUGAUGACUGCAAAGUCGGGUUUCCCGGGCCUUUUAGAUGCUAUUGAAGCAAAAGACGCAGAUAAAGUGUCAAUCCGUCUGGCCUCCUCGCUUGACACCAUUGCUCAAUUGGAAGUGAUGCAAGCUACGGGGCUGGCAUUUCUACUCCCUAAAGAGUAUCAGGGCUAUCCCCAUCUUACAGGACGCGCAGUUGCCGAGUUCACCUUGGAGAAAGGUGAUGGGUCAACAUUCACUGUGGCCGCAGGUGGUGGUCCUCAGCCAGUCGGAAUGCUUGAAGUUGUGCUGGACGGUUACUCUGCUCCCUUAACCGCAGGGAACGUUGCAGAUAUGAUCCAGAGAGGUGUGUACAACGGAGUGAAGCUGAGAACCACAGAACAAGCAAUCCUAUCCGACACAGCGGAUCUGAGCGGAGCUGGGCGAGAGCUGCCCAUUGAGAUCCUGCCCUCGGGCGAGUUCCAACCUCUGUACAGGACCACUCUCAACGUCCAAGACGGCGAGCUGCCAGUGCUGCCACUCUCUGUAUACGGCGCUGUGGCCAUGGCACACAACAAGACCUCAGAAGAUUUCUCCUCACCUUCGCAGUUCUUCUUCUACCUCUACGAUCGGCGCAACUCUGGACUAGGUGGGCUGUCCUUCGAGGAAGGCCAGUUCUCUGUGUUUGGCUAUGUCACCAAAGGCAGAGAGCUUCUCUCACAACUGAAAACUGGGGAUGUCAUAAAGGAGGCAAAACUAGUAUCAGGAACGGAUCGUCUUGUUCAAUGACAUCAACACGAGUAGGGCUCAUUCUUGCAGCUUUGGCUGCUCCUUUUUCUGCCCAUUUUGUAUCUCUUCAUGCGCAUGAGACUUCAUGUGGUGUCUCAACUUACUUACCCAGUUGGGCUAGUUCACCGCAUGGCUUGUGUUUUCUGUGUCUUUGUUUGCUGGUUUUUGGCUCAUGCGUCACGGUGAAGGAUCACAUCCUUUUUGUUGUGGCUUUUGUCACCAUGUUUUUAUGUCGAGAAUGACUGGGUUGUUCCCUAGAUGGAGCCCGUAUUGGUUA